ACAGUAGCUCUGAAUAUCAGAAGGCUCUCCUCGGCACAGUCAAGGGCUGACGGAGACACCAGCUUCUCCUUUAUUUUUUCAUCUGAGUGUGUUCCACUAGAACAUUCAAAACUGUUUCUCCAAAGAGUUCUGCAGAAACUCAGACUGUUUUCUAAAGCAGAGGCACCACAGUCCCCAGCGGAAGCGAUGGGCAGCGUGCGAACCAACCGCUACAGCAUCGUUUCCUCGGAAGAGGAUGGUAUGAAGCUGGCAACAAUGGCAGUGGCCAAUGGCUUUGGGAACGGGAAGAGCAAGGUACACACCAGGCAACAGUGCAGGAGCCGGUUUGUCAAGAAGGAUGGCCACUGCAAUGUUCAGUUCGUUAACGUGGGUGAAAAAGGUCAACGUUAUCUAGCAGACAUCUUUACCACCUGCGUCGACAUCCGCUGGAGAUGGAUGUUGCUUAUCUUCUGUCUGGCUUUCAUCCUCUCCUGGCUCUUCUUUGGUUGUGUGUUUUGGUUGAUUGCCUUACUGCAUGGGGACCUAGAGGAAACGGACAGACCUUGUGUCUCUGAAGUGCGCAGUUUUACUGCAGCCUUUCUGUUCUCCAUUGAAACGCAGACCACAAUCGGCUAUGGCUUUCGGUGUGUCACGGAUGAGUGCCCUAUUGCCGUCUUCAUGGUGGUUUUUCAGUCGAUAGUUGGCUGCAUCAUUGAUGCCUUCAUCAUUGGUGCUGUCAUGGCUAAGAUGGCAAAACCCAAAAAGAGAAACGAAACUCUCAUCUUCAGCCACAAUGCUGUAAUAGCCAUGAGAGAUGGAAAACUAUGCUUGAUGUGGCGGGUUGGUAAUCUGCGCAAAAGCCAUUUGGUGGAGGCACAUGUGAGAGCUCAGCUUCUCAAGUCCCGAAUCACCACUGAAGGAGAAUACAUCCCUCUAGAUCAAAUAGACAUCAAUGUUGGGUUUGACAGUGGGAUAGACCGUAUAUUUUUGGUCUCGCCCAUUACCAUUGUCCAUGAAAUAGAUGAAGAGAGCCCUUUAUAUGACUUAAGUAAGCAAGAUAUGGACAAUGCGGAUUUUGAAAUUGUAGUAAUAUUAGAAGGCAUGGUGGAAGCCACAGCUAUGACCACUCAGUGCCGUAGCUCAUAUCUAGCAAAUGAAAUCCUUUGGGGCCAUCGCUAUGAGCCUGUCCUAUUUGAAGAAAAGAACUACUACAAAGUGGAUUACUCAAGGUUCAACAAAACAUACGAAGUGCCGAACACGCCCCUUUGCAGUGCCAGGGACUUAGCUGAGAAGAAGUAUAUUCUCUCGAAUGCAAAUUCAUUUUGCUAUGAGAACGAAGUUGCCCUUGCAGGCAAAGAGGAAGAUGACAGUGACAAUGGGGUGCCUGAGAGCACAAGUACAGAUACUCAUCCAGACAUGGACCAUCAUAGCCAAGCAGGGGUGCCCCUAGAACCAAGACCUUUAAGGCGAGAGUCUGAAAUAUGACUGGGGGAAGUACUUUCUGCAAUGUUUAAAAUGUAUCUGGCCAUAACGGGCAUGCCGCAUUGAGAAGUGGCUGCAAACAGGUUUUCAGCUGAUGGUACUGUUGGACACAGAUGGGCAGGCAGCCCUGAGGAGUCAACCUGAGCUGGUUUUCAAGUGCUGUCUUCAGAGUAGGUACAGCAAGGCGUGAACUUGGAACCCGAAGCACUAUGUCUAUAAAUUGCUAGAAGGCACAUAUGUUGUAGAAUAACUUAUGUAUAUAUGUUUUUUACAAAACUUGAACUUGCAGGCAAGCUUUGGUUGAGUUCUGUUGUUUGUCAUCUAUUGUUUUUCCUCCCCAAAUGCUUCUCCCUUGGGAACAAGAACGUUUUUAAUGGCAUAACAAAGGCAAGAGUUUGCCUUGGUUUUUUUUCCUCUUAAAAAUUGCUGCUAACUACUUGAACACAAAUUGUAAUUAUUUUUGUCGCAGUGUAGUACUUGUUUUCUUUUAUAUAUCCUUGCAAUCAAAGCAAAAAAAAAAGAGGGGACCCCC